AUGCGGCAGCGGCAGGAGUGGGUGGGGGACUGGGUCCGGAGCAACGACACGCUCGUCCGCGCCCUCCCCAUCCUCGUCGGCGGCGCGUCGCUCCUCGCCGUCCUCCUCAACCGUGCCGUUUCCGGCAUCGCCGCCGUCUCCGACGCCUCCAGUUCGCAGUCGAGGGCGGACAUACUCACCUUGGCGCUCUCUGUAACUGAUAUUCUUGCCGGCCUUGUUUGGCUGUCAAUCCGCCCGAAAACCAUUUCUCAGGUCGUUCCUCGAGGUGUCAAUUGUAAGCGAGUAGAUGCGGAUGUAUCAAGUUCUGCUCUUCAUGAACUCCUUUGGACAUGGGAUUCCCUGACGGCUGCAACUUGUUGCAAAUCAUUGGUUGUUGUGUAUGGAGGUAAUUGCAUUCUUCAAAUUGGGGUUGCUGCAGCCUCUCUACAAGAUGGUAGUGCAGUUACUGUGGAUGCACAGAGGUUCAUCCAAGGCUCCCUUUACAAGAGUGCCAUGGAAUCCAAGAAGCAAUCGUAUCUAGCAAAUCUUGCUUUAUAUCCUGGAAGGACUGAGCUGCCAUUUCUACCAGCUAACACACAGGCUCUAAUAUUGCAGCCAAUUGGUGACAAAGGAAUUGCAGUUAUUGGUGGUGACACUAUAAGGGGCUUCACCAAUCUUGAUCAGACAAAUUGGAUGCUACAUUGUCAAAGUCUUAAGCUCACAUUCUUCUCUGGAUAUUCGAUUGAUGAUCAUUUCUCUCUUAAUUGGCCAUACACCCAGACCAUAUUUACUGGAUCCCAGAAGUCAUCAGGAGCCGGCCUACUGAUUUUGGACACCGCCGCCGUUACGAUUGAGCCGCCGUUGAGUCUCCUCCGCCUCACUGACGGAGCAAGCAAGACGCGCUGGGGUUUUCUACUGCCGGCCACACUUCUUCAAACCGUUGUCGCCACGCCGCGGCAGCUAUCUUCUGAAGUUAAUAUAGAUUUAAUGACAUGGCAAUGUGUACAGUCUGCAAUACUGACCAUAAGAUCUAUAGCUGCUGUUAGCAGAGAGCAAGCAGUUGAUUAUGCAGCCGUGGCGACUGAAGAAACUGAUUUUGAAGAUAUGAUUCAGUAG